UGCAGGGAAUAUAUGUCCAGCACUGCGCGAUCCGCGCUUCCACCCGCACAGUCCACUAUGGAACGGAAAGGGGAUGACUGGCACAGGACCGAAGGAGAAAGAAGGCACCACAAGUCCCAGGAUGACGGGUUACAGGAGCAAGAUGCUGUAUAUUCUGGAGAAGCCCCAGAUGCGAGGCGAGGAGGAACGGCUUCGAACUUUUGAAAACUGGCGGAGGGACACACCAGUCACCGCGGGCAACCUGGCCAGAGCGGGAUUCUAUUUUCUGGAGCCCGAGGAUAAGGUUCAGUGCUUCUGUUGCGGAGGGAUCCUGCGGUACUGGGUCCAUGGGGACAGUCCGAUCGUCGAACACAAGAGGCACUUCCCCACCUGUAGUUUCGUGCUGGGUAGAGCCGUUGGGAAUAUCCCGCUGUUUGUCGUUUCCAGGUCCCCUUCUGACUCCGUGGACGGCCAGCUGUUGAGCCAGCUCCAGAGGAUGACCGUGGACGACCAGGGAAUGGCCGGGCAGGCUGUCUACCCUGAGAUGGAGUUAGAGGAAUCCAGGCUCACCACCUUUCACAACUGGCCCACGGGUGCUGCGGUCCAGCCCAAUGUUCUGUCGAGGGCAGGAUUCUUCUACACAGGCCACGGUGACAACGUGAAAUGCUUUUACUGCGACGGAGGGCUGAGGAACUGGGAACCUGGAGAUGACCCCUGGCAGGAGCACGCCAAGUGGUUCCCGCGAUGUGACUUCCUGGUCCAGACGAGAGGACGUGACUAUGUCAGCAAUAUCCGGGCUACCCACUUCCACAGAGAGACUGUGGGUGGAUCACAGACACCGGUGUCCCAAGAAAUUACUUCAGAAAAUGACGUGGUGGGUGGUCUGGGCACACCCUCAGUCAUGCUGUCUCCUGUGGUCCAGACCGUGCUCCAGAUGGGCUUCGAGGCUGGCCUGGUGGAGAGUCUGGUCCAGACCAAGUACCUGCUGACCGGCCAGCACUACACCUCCGUGUCGGACCUAGUCACUGACGUACUGGCUGCUGAGGAGGAGGACCGGACCAGGGGGCUGCAGAGCAGAGUCCAGGAGCCGGUGGAGAGACAGGGGCCCAGUGCAGGAGGGGUCAGGACACAGACACCCAUCAGAGAAAAAGCAGUGGGAGACUCCACCCCUGAGGAGCUCCUGCGUCAGCUGCAGGAGGAGCGAACAUGUAAGGUGUGUAUGGACAAGCUGGUAUCCAUCGUCUUCAUCCCCUGUGGUCACCUGGUGGUGUGUAGUGACUGUGCUGCCAGCCUGCGUCACUGCCCCAUCUGCAGAGCCACCAUCAGAGGCAGCGUCCGAGCAUUCAUGUCCUGAGAGCCACAUUCAAGUACAAGACCCUUGUGUGAGUCGGAGUGUGUAUGUGUGUAUAUUCGUAAGAUUGCCCGAAAGUAUACCUAAUACACCAACACACAAUAUCCUCGUUUCACUUUUAGGCUUUUGUUUGCCUUUGACAAAUGAAGACAGAUUCUACAACCCCUCUGGGCGGCUCAUCUUUCUAUAGGUGCUGUGAGAAUUUUGUGAAAAUGUCUCCUGGAUUUUAGAUGCCUGACAGAUCUGACCCAUUCUGCUAACCUCAACACUGCUCUGCUGUUGAUUUGCCCUGCUCAAAAUAACCACCAAAAUCAAAAUGGCUUCUUUUUGGCUGGAGAAGAUGUUGUUGAAUAUAUUUAUUUGAAUACAGUAAACACAUUGGCAAUAUCAUUAUUGGUGUUUACAGAGAUCAACUGGGAGAGCAAGCGUAUCAGUCCAACUGCACAUCAGAUUACAGUUUGUACAAAUACUAUGAAUAAUCCCUAAAACAAAUGACACAGAAUCGGUUUAUUAAAAGUACACAUCAUUUGGCCUUCCGAGUGGCGCAGCGGUCUUAGGCACUGCAUCGCAGUGCUUGAGGCGUCACUACAGACCCGGGUUCAACCUGGAGACCCAUGAGGUGGCGCACAAU